ACAAGGAAGAGUUUCUCUGUUUUGCCUUUUAGUAUACAAAAAAAAACAGAAAAAAAAAAAGACCAAGUCUGGUCUCUUUUUAUUAUUAUUAUUACUCACCUAAGCCCAAAAUUCAAGUCAGCGCACUGUCUAAAAAUAUAUCAUUGCGAAAAUAUUUCUAUAUAAAAACUGCCAAGAUCUGCAUUUUUAUUUUUCUUUCUUUUCCUUCUUAUUUUCAAUCAUAAAAAAAAAUGUCAGCCCCACCUUACAAACAAUAUAGCAACAGUGAUUAUUACAGUAACAAGACAGCAUUGCCACCACCUUUACCACAUCAUAUCGAAACCAAGCCUUCAUCAGAUCAAUUUGGCUUAAAUGAAGCCCCAGUGAAUUCACCUGUGCCUUAUGCUGCUUAUACUCCACCUAACAACCCACCAGGCUUUGCGCCAGCUCCUUAUCAAAAUCUGAAUGAUGCACACCGAGACUCGAUGUCCGAUAUGAAGUUUAUGAACCACUACGAUUCUGAUGAUGAAAUCGAAAAGAUUAUCCCUCGUGAGCGAAAGCGUCGUUCAUGUAUGGACAAGCUUUGCUGUGGUUGUUGUACCUGCUGUCCUAAAUGGCUUCGUUGGUGUAGUUGUAUUAUUCUGAUUAUCAUUGUUAUUUUGGCUAUUGUGAUUGGUGUAUUGGCUGCUACAUUCAAGGUGCCUACUAUCAGUUAUUCUGGUCUUCAAGGUGAACCUACAGUUGCAUUCGCAAACAAUGUGCUCAAUAUGGACUUCAAGAUUGGUAUCAAUGUCGAUAAUCCCAAUUGGGAAAGUAUUACGUUUGAAAAGAUUCUAGCUGAUGCUUAUUAUCCAUCACCUUACAAUGUCUAUAUUGGCGGUGGCAAUGUCACUGAUUUACAUAUCAAUUCCAAUGGAGCCACUAAUAUCACAUUCCCAUUCAAUGUCAAAGUAAACUCGAGUGAUUCAGGUCAACAGGGCGUAUUGAUGGACUUGAUGACCAAAUGUGGUCUGGAUGGUAGUACUCCUCAAAACAUUGAUAUUGAUUAUUAUGUUCAUCCUACGGUUCGUAUCAUUGGUAUUCCUAUUACUAUUACUAUCUCUAAAUCGAUGAGCAUGGCUUGUCCUAUCAAGAGUUCUGAUCUUACUUCAAUACUUGGUUCAGGCAUUAGCAAAAUUUAAUAAAGAAAAAAACACAUAUUCAGCCCAUAUAUCCAAACA